AUGGCGGGCGCGCUGGGCGGGAUGUUCGCCAACCAGCCGCCGGGACCCCCGCCGCCCGGACCUCCCGGCGGGGUCGGGCCGGCCGGCCUCAUCCCGCCUCCGACGGGGCCCCGCAAUCCCAACAACACGCUGGUGGACGAGCUGGAAGCGUCUUUCGAGGCCUGCUUCGCCUCGCUGGUCAGCCAGGACUACGUGAAUGGCACCGACCAGGAGGAGAUCCGCACCGGUGUGGAUCAGUGCAUCCAGAAAUUUCUGGAUGUUGCAAGGCAAACGGAAUGCUUUUUUCUACAAAAAAGACUGCAGCUGUCUGUCCAGAAACCAGAACAAGUAAUUAAAGAGGAUGUUUCAGAGUUAAGAAAUGAAUUACAAAGAAAAGAAGCAUUAAUUCAGAAGCAUUUGAGUAAACUGCGGCACUGGCAACAAGUCUUGGAAGAUAUCAGCGUACAGCACAAAAAACCUGCAGAAAUGCCCCAAGGUCCCUUAGCAUACCUGGAACAGGCAUCUGCUAACAUUCCUGCUCCAAUGAAGCAAACAUGAAAACCUGAUAGUCUUUUUACUUCAUCUGUUUUUUGUAUAAUGUAAUUUGUACUACAAAUAUAAACAGAUAAGAUAGAAUUAAGUUAAAUAAAUACUCUUUUUUUGGAGAAAAAAAA